AUGAAGGUUUCGUUGUACAUUAUUUUAAUCUCGAUCUUGCUGAGCAAGCAUUACGCGCUGUCCCACAUAAUCAGGAAACGUCAGCUGUUCCGCGAGCAGGUCCUGCCGCACGCCGGCGGCAAGAUACCGGACUCGGCCUUCCUGACCGACCGUUUGGCGCUGAACCGCCUGCAGACGGACGGGAUCGCGGUGCCGGACGGGGUGCUGCUGGAGCAGCGGCAGCACCAGGUGUAUCCGCAUCAGCAGCGGACGGCUCGGCCGACGUUCCGCGUCGUGCAAACGCCUGACAGCCGGUACACUUCGCCCGAGGGCGAGUACAGCCAUAAUGCGCUGGCCACGGUCGAUACCACCUAUCUGAUUCCGCAUGCGGGCGACAAACUGCUGCUACACGACUAUCCUUAUCCGCACCACCGGGCGCCCUACGGGCGGCCUACGCCUACCUACGCCAGCUCGAUCCCGAAGGUCCCGAUCGUGAAGGAGCUGCGCAUCCCGAACUACGCGGUGUUCAAUUUCGACUACAAUACUCACAAAAAGAAAAAGUCCCCCCCCGUGGGACUGCCGGUGGCGCUGAAGCACUCCCCGUUGCCACCCCAUCCGAUCGAUGAUGGUCCGUGGUCGUCGUCCCGGCAGAGAUUAGCGCAAGACUACGUGAGCUACCACCACGCGGCUGCCGUCGCCGCCGUGGGUAAUGGGCUGAACUACCAACACCCGUCCGUGGUGGCAUCGUUCGAUGGCAGCGGAAGUGGAUGGACCAGCGGUGGUGGUUGGACGCCGUCCGACGGAAGUGCAAUCAGUGGGUCGCUUUGGAAGGUACGUCAACCGUUUGGCGGCAGUUUCGAGGACUACUACAACCAGUUUGACGCUAAGCACCGCUUCUACCGGCACACCGGCGAACCGAAGCAGGUCGCGAAGCCCGUCAAGCCAAACGCCAUUUCCCGCCGUCCGCGUCAACGAGGCGCGCCCGUCCACUAA